AUGCGGCCACAACGGGAAUAUCACAUUGUGGUUCUGGGUGCUGGAGGUGUGGGGAAAAGCUGUCUCGCUGCUCAAUUCGUCCAGAAUGUGUGGAUCGAAAGCUAUGACCCUACGAUUGAAGAUUCCUAUCGGAAGCAGAUCGAGGUCGAUGGUCGACAAUGUAUUCUGGAAAUACUUGAUACUGCAGGAACCGAGCAAUUUAGUAAAGAGCUUUAUAUGAAACAAGGCCAAGGUUUUCUGCUCGUGUUUUCCAUCACCAGCAAUUCCUCCUUGAACGAGUUAUCCGAGUUACGGGAACAGAUCAUUCGAAUCAAAGAUGACGAGAAAGUGCCCAUUGUCAUUGUGGGAAACAAGUCCGAUCUGGAAGAAGAUCGCGCUGUUCCACGCGCGCGCGCCUUCGCCCUUUCCCAGAGCUGGGGCAACGCUCCCUACUAUGAGACUUCAGCGCGCAGACGAGCGAAUGUUAACGAAGUCUUCAUUGACCUUUGUCGGCAGAUCAUCAGGAAAGAUAUGCAAGGAAGUUCAUCUAGCGGCUCCGACAACUCGACACGAAAGCGGGACGGCGCUGGUCGUCAGGACAAGAAGAAGGAUAAGAAACGACGGAAGGGUCCUUGUGUCAUUCUAUAG